CUUAAAAUUUGUUGGCAUACAUAUGGUUCACUGUAUAGAAAUAAAUUUUAAAUUACUAUUUUGUUAUAAUAAAAAUAAUAGUGUUAAGCAGCUAUAAACCUAUCAUUUAAGAUAGCUGAGUGAGUGUGGUACCGUUCGUCGCGGUCAGUCAGUGCCGGAUUAAUUUCUCGUGUUGUUAUGGCUCCCGGUAGUGAAGUGAAUGACGAUAAUGUAUCGAAACAUACUUCCCAAAAAGUGAAAAAAUGUCAAGGUACCAGCAAUGUGACUGAAAAAAGUAGCGGCGAAAAUGUUAACACAGUCGAUAAAACGGAGAGCAAGCAACGGUUGAAAAUGAAAAAGGAGAUAGGUGUUAAGGUCGUGGGCUGUAGCAACGGACACGCGAGCACGCCCAACGGCCGUGCCGACGACGAGGGCGGCGGCGGAGCGCCCGCUCCUUCGCCCCCGCGCGCCUCGUACGCCGCCGCCGCCGCGCGCAGGCCUCAGACCCAGGCCUCGCCUCAGACCACGCCUCAGACCUCGCCACAAACCUCGCCACAAACUAAUAUGCCACAAACCGCACCACCGCAUUUCACUUCGAAUGCCGAUGGUCAAAAAUCUAAAGUAAAUACGGAGAAGCCACAACAAGCCAAGCCCAACGGAAUCAUGGCGAAGGUCAACGGUGAAGAUUCCUCUUCGAAACCGGAUGACAGUAAGAAAGACGAAACGAGUACCAAAGAACCAAUUUUAAAUGGCACAGAAAUUACUAACGAAAACAUUGUCAAUGGUGACCCAAAAACAUAUUCAGAUUGUGAUAUUAGUAGUAGUGAUAAUGGUAAAGUAGUUACAAACGGAGUCACUAGCGAUUCCGAUGACAAUAAAUCUAUUAAAUCCGAAGAGGUAAAGAAAAUGAAAAGUUCGCCAGCGACAGAGGUUGAAACAAAGCAAACUAAUGAUAAAAAGAAGGUUAAUAAAAAAGCGACUGCUACAGAAAAAAGUAUUGAAACCGAUAAUAAAAAGACAACGACUAAUCAAGUUACUGAAGACAAAAAGGAAGAGGUCAGUAAUACAAAAACUGAAAAUGAAUUAGAAAAAACUAACGGCGAACUAAAACUGGUAAAUGGCGAUAAAGACUUAAGAGAAUCUUCUCCGAGUGAAGAUGGAGAUGAGAAGAAGAAGGAUGCUGAAGUUGUAUUUAUCCAAGACUUAGGUUUCACAGUCAAGAUUGUAAGCCCGGGAGCUGAACCAUUGGAUAUUCAGGUUUCCAGCAUGGAGCUGGUGCAAGAAAUUCAUCAAGUACUGAUGGAUCGCGAGGACACGUGCCACAGAACGUGUUUUUCUUUGCAGCUAGAUGGCGUUACUCUUGAUAAUUUUGCCGAAUUAAAAAAUAUCGAAGGUCUAAAAGAGGGAUCAGUAAUAAAAGUGGUAGAGGAGCCAUACACAAUGCGCGAGGCUCGUAUCCACGUGCGUCACGUGCGAGACUUACUCAAAUCAAUUGACUACGUGGACGCGUACGUCGGCCAGGAAUGCAGCUCGCUAGCUUUCUUAAAUAUUAUCACUCAAGGAGAUAUUCUUGAGAAAAAGAAAUCCCGACCAGAGAGUGUAGACUGCACGCCUCCAGAUUACAUAAUGCCCGGCAGCACAGAGCGGCCAUUACUGCCUCUACAUCCUGGCCUUACUAAAGAAAAUAAAGCACCGCAGUGCCUUAAGGUGCUGACGACGUCAGGCUGGAACCCUCCGCCGGGUCCGCGCAAGAUGUGCGGUGAUCUGCUGUACUUGCAUGUCGUCACUCUCGAGGACCGACACUUCCACAUCACCGCCUGCCCCAGAGGAUUCUACCUCAACCAGUCAACAGACGAAGUGUUCAAUCCUCGUCCAUCGACCCCGUCCCUGCUGUGCCACUCGCUCAUAGAAUUAUUGAGCAUAGUUUCCCCCGCCUUCAAGAGGAACUUCGCGCUGGUGCAGAAGAAGCGCAUGCAGAAACAUCCCUUCGAGCGCGUCGCUACACCAUACCAGCUCUACCAGUGGGCCUCGCCUAUGCUGGAUCAUACUGUUGAUGCCAUACGAGCUGAAGAUACGUUCUCAUCGAAGUUGGGGUACGAGGAGCACAUCCCGGGGCAGACGCGCGACUGGAACGAAGAGCUGCAGACGACACGCGAGCUGCCGCGCGCCACGCUGCCCGAGCGUCUGCUGCGGGAGCGCGCCAUAUUCAAGGUGCACAGCGACUUCGUGGCGGCGGCGACACGCGGCGCUAUGGCGGUGGUUGACGGUAACGUGAUGGCCAUCAACCCAGGCGAGGAGCCCAAGAUGCAGAUGUUCAUUUGGAAUAAUAUAUUCUUCUCGCUCGGCUUUGACGUGCGCGAUCAUUACAAGGACUUGGGUGGCGACGCAGCCGCUUUUGUAGCACCGCGCAACGACCUGCAAGGCGUGCGCGUGUACAGCGCGGUGGACACGCCGGGGCUGCACACGCUGGGCACGGUGGUGGUGGACUACCGCGGGUACCGCGUCACCGCGCAGUCCAUCAUACCCGGCAUCCUGGAGAAAGAGCAGGAGCAGAGCGUGGUAUACGGCAGCAUUGACUUCGGCACCACUGUCCUUUCGCAUCCCAAGUAUAUGGAGCUGCUCAGCAAAGCAGGCCAGCAGUUGAAGAUAAUGCCACACUCAGUGAUCAGUGCCAACGGGGAGACGGUGGAGCUGUGCUCCAGUGUGGAAUGCAAGGGUAUCAUCGGGAACGACGGCCGCCACUACAUACUAGACCUGCUGCGCACCUUCCCGCCUGAUGUCAACUUCCUGCAAUUGGAAGACGACGAGUUACGUGAAGAUAUUAAAUCCAUGGGCUUCCCAAUUAUUCACAAACACAAACUUUGUUGCCUUAGACAAGAAUUAGUUGAUAGUUUUGUAGAAUCACGUUAUUUCAUGUUUAUAAGAUACGCAGCGUUCCACUUGCAACAGUUAAGUGCGAAACGUCUGCGUGAUACUUCUGAACUGAAGUCUGUCGAAGCGAAAAAAGAAGAAGAUAAGAAAGAAGUCAAGGAGAUUGAACCAAAAGACAAAAAGAGAGAAACGAAGAGUCAAGAGAAAGAAGUAAAGGAUAAGAAACAAAAGAAGGAUUCGAAAAAGAAAGAAGAGAAAGCAGAGAUGAAGAAAGAAGACAAAACUGAGGUAAAGAAAGAAGAUAAAGCUGAUGUAAAGAAAGUAGAAAAUGUCGAAGUGAAAAAAGAAGACAGUACCAAAGAGGAGCCUGAAAAAGCUAAAGAAGUUAAGGAAGAGAAAGAUGAUAAAGAAAAAGAGGAACAAAUUUUACUAAAUGAAAAUUACUCUGACAUUGAUACUGAUGUUGCUAAGAAAAUAGUCGAGAGUAUAACAGACUCAAUUUGCAAUGGAGAAAAACAGGAGACCGACAGUAGCGACAGGUCCCGUGCAGUGGUGGCAUCAGCAGCUCGUGCGGUGGCAUCACUCAAGGAGUCUGAGUUUGAUGUGCGCUUCAACCCCGAUGUGUACUCAGCCGGUAUCAAGCACGCAGCACCGCCUGAGCAGCUCGCACGCCAGCGACAUCUCGUCAAGGAAGCUGCAGCCUUCCUCCUUACCACGCAAAUACCUGCCUUUGUGCGGGAGUGCCUGGAGCACAGCGCGGCGCCGAUGGACGGUGCGGGGCUGACGGAGGCGUUGCACGCGCGCGGCAUCAACGUGCGCUACCUGGGCCGCGUCGCACUCGCCCUGCGCCCGCACGCCUCGCUGCAGUACCUGCACGCCAUCGCCAUCGCCGAACUGCUGUUGCGCGCCGCCAAGCACAUAUACACCGCAUAUCUACAGAAUUGCGAGGCGAUGUGCACUGGCGCGGCGGCAGCGCAUUUCCUGAGCUGCCUGUUGGGGGCGUGCCCCGCGCCGGCCGCCGCCCCCGCCGAGUGUCCCCUGCCUGCCCGCGCUCGCCCCCGCGGCCGCCGCGCACGCAGGCACACGCGCGCCUCCUCGCCCGCACCCGCAGCCCCCGCCUCGCCCGCCGCGCACUGGCAGAACCUCACGCCCAAGUCACUCUUCUCACAGAUCAAACAUGAACUCAAGGCAUACUGGGGUUACGAACUUAACGCUGAGAACAUGGACGUCGUUAUAGAGAAACAUGGCCUGCAGAAAAUUUCCUUACUCAGGUCCUUCGCGCUGAAAGUAGGCCUGCAAAUCCUAUUGCGAGAGUACGACUUCGACAACAAGAACAAGGCGCCCUUCACGCCUGCAGACAUCAUGAACAUAUUCCCUGUCGUCAAACAUAUCAACCCCAGGGCAUCCGAUGCUUACAACUUCUACACGACGGGUCAGAGCAAGAUCCAGUCGGGCGCGGUGUCGGAGGGGCACGAGCUGAUCGCGGAGGCGCUCAAUUUGCUGAACAACGUGUACGGCGCUAUGCACGGCGAGAUCGCGCAGUGUCUGCGUAUGGUGGCGCGUCUUUGUUACGUUACUGGUGACCAUCGUGACGCAAUGGCAUACCAACAGAAGGCCGCCCUCAUGUCGGAGCGUGUUAACGGCAUCGACCACCCAUACACCAUCACUGAAUACUCUCACUUGGCGCUGUACUGUUUCGCCAAUGGGCAGGUGAGCACGGCGCUCAAGCUGCUGUACCGCGCCCGCUACCUCGCCCUGCUCGUCUGCGGCGAGAACCACCCAGAGAUGGCGCUGCUCGAUAGCAACAUAGCGUUGAUCCUGCACGCGGUGGGCGAGUACGAGCUGUCACUGCGGUUCGCGGAGCGCGCGCUGGUGGUGACGCGCAACUCGCACGGCGCUCGCUCGCUGAAGGCGGCCGUGGCGCGCCAUCUGCUGGCCCGCACGCUCUCCUGCCUCGGCGACUUCCGCGCCGCGCUGCACCACGAGAAGGAGACAUACUCCAUAUACAAACAGCUCUUGGGUGAGAAGCAUGAGAAGACGCGCGAGUCAUCAGAGUGCCUGCGGCACCUGACGCAGCAGGCGGUGGUGCUGCAGAAGCGGCUGGCGGAGGCGAGCGCGCGCCCCGCCGGGCACGGCCAGCACGCGCAGCACGCCGCGCCCCUGCACAUACAGCCGCCAGCCAUGGCCUCCGUCAUCGACAUGCUCAACCUCAUCAAUGGCAUACUCUUCGUACAGAUUAGUCCUCAAGACAUUGAACAAUUCAAAGCGGAGAUAGAGAAAAGACAGUUGAAGGACUUGGCGAUCCCUGGCUUGGGCGAGUUGACGAAGGUCGCGGAGAAAGAGGAGUCCCCCUCCCCGGUGCCUGCGUCGACAGCGCCCUCUGUCGCGACUGACGCCAAGGAGAAUGCGAGCGACAGUUGAAGCCUUUAGGCCGGUAAUGUGUUCUUUAGGCUACAGUUAGCGUUAGUGAACCGAGCACACGCAACGAACUCCCCACUACUCAUUACUGAGCGGAGCAAUGCGUGACGUCAUUGUGGGCGUAGCCUCGAUCAGUAAGUACGCGCGUAUCAGGGAAUUGUGUGCGAAAAUUUUAAAUUAUUUAGAUUGUUUUAUUAUCAUUGAUUGAUAUUAAAUUAAUGACAUCUGGUGCAAUAUAAAUCCAAAAAAAAAAAUAAUUGUUGGUGAAAAAAGUAGCAGAAUGAAGUAAAUGUACUAUGAGAAAAGUAUAAGCCAACCAUAUAAGAAAAUAUUGAUAUUUUUUUGUGUGUGCUCGGUGUUAAAGGCGGACGUUAUUUUUAAAUUAUCGAUUGAUGAUAUUGUUCCUUAUCUAUGAAUGUAUGCCGUAGUGGAUAGUGUGCUAAGGUUUGAUGUAGAUUUUUUUUUGUUAGUCAAAUUUUCGAUGAUUUUAUUUUGAUCAAAUUUAAUUAAGCGUUAUUUUAUAAUAAAAAUAAAAGUAUAAUGAAUUAGGUUUCUAAAGCGAUGGGAUUCUUUAUUUCGCUCAAAAGUAAUGUGGUUUUAAUUUGGUUAUGCCUCAAUUCGGGAGUCGCAAAUUCACGGACAGCCAGCGUAGUGCAAUGUUGAAGUAGUUGUAAUAGCAAUAAGUUUUGGUUGUGAACCCCGGGGGCCGCGCGUUCUGUCAUGCCACUGGUGCUACUGCCAUUUUGUCCUUUCUUCAAACACAAAAUGAAUUAUAUCAAUUGUUAUAUUAUCUAGUAUUAUUUCUUUUUCUUUUCAUAGUGCGGGAAUAUAUUGUUGAAAUGCCCAUAGACGUAGAUGAGAUUAUAUUGUCAUUGAAAUGUAACAAAUUUGUGGAUUUUUGCUGUUAUUUAUUGCCUUUAUGUAAUGUUUCUAUGUGUAUCAGAGAGGUGCAAGUCUCAAUUAUUAGUUGCCCGUUUGUGAUCCAGUGUGUUAGUGCCAUAAUGUAGUUGUUUGUAAGUUCCCCGAACGUAAAGUUUCCGUUAGUCUGUGAUAUGUGUACGUCAACGCCACUUGCCUUCUUGAUGCAAUACAAAUUAAAGGUUAUUAUAAUUAUAAUCGAAAUGCUUUGUGUCUAGAUAUAUUAAUAAAUCAAUAAUUUUAUCGUGUAAUAUUAUGUAUUUGAUCUAUAGUGCGCGUUCAAACAUUGUGCUUUGUUAAAGAAUAGCCUCUUAACAUUUAGUCAGUUUAAAGAUAUUAAAUGUUACCAGUAAACAUUAUAGUGGUUGAACAAAUAUAGUCAAACCUGUAUAAGUGAGAAUCUUCAUCCAGCGGCCAACCUUCAUAGGCGAGACACUCGGGUAAAAGAGAAACCUUGUGGAAAAUAUCGCGGUUCCUUGGAUUCUUACUUAUCCAGUUUCAACUGUAUUUGUGGAUGAAGAAUUAUCAUGUAAUAACUUUAAUCUGUAUGAAAAUCGUUACAAUUGAAGCAUAUUCAA